CGUCCUGAUGUGAAGACGCGAGCCGUGAUUUGAGCUUGGCUACCUUGCUGUCAUCUCCCUUGAUGCCUCCAGCCCAACGCAAAACGCGCGGCGGCGUACCGUUCCGUGGGCGGCUCGAUAGCCGCUGCGACUGCGAGCUUGUGCACGCCCUCCUUUAGCUUCUCGCCCAUGGACUUGUGCUCUUCACUCAUGAUGAUGACCCUCUGAACAGGCAACAACCGACAGGGCAAGCGCGAAUUAUACCGAUAGCGCUAUCGGCGCUGGCACGGGUGACGCUGGCCACCCUUGUCUGGAUCAGAUGGGCAAGGCAGAGGAGGAUGGCUCUCUCAUGAGCCGAUGGCGAUCAAGGGGCGAGCCAACGACCGUCACCCCGGCAGCAUUGACGCUGAAAGCCCAGCAAUCUCACUUGGCUCUGACAGUGGAGCCAGCCGUUCAAGGCGGCCAUUAUCUCUCGACCCUUGGACCAGUCGAAGGUCAGAUCGUAUGCAGUGAUCUCACCCGAUACACUGCCGUCACUGUCCGGCUGAAAGGCUACUCAGAAGGCAUGGUCUAUGGCAAGGACAGAUGGCAAGCAGCCCAAGUCGCGGCGGGUGCAGGAUCGGGAGGAGGCAUGAUGCCCAUUCAGACACGAGAGAUCCAUCCGUUCUUGGAGAUGAGCCAGACGGUGUAUGACCAUGCGCAAGUAGUGAGCAAGGACAAAACGUCUGGGAAGACCAAGCAGGCGACGCUUGGCUUCAGUUUCGACAUUGCUGACUCGAGAGCGACUCACAAGAAUGACAUUUCCUUGCCCUUGCCGCCCACCGCGCGAGUGGAUGACGGCGACUGGUCUCAUGCUAGCAUCGGCUACAAGCUGAGCAUUCGCGGCGAGCGGUCCGGCAUGCUCAAGCUGGACGAUAAGCUCAAGCUAGAGAUUCCCUUGGCCAUCUUCUCGUCUACGAAUGACAGUCACAUGCCGCCUGCCUAUGCGUCUCACACCGCACACGAGUCCGCCAAACGAGAGCUCACCUACAAGAGCGACAGCUCAUCGCCGCCCUUCAUCGAGGGCACACUCUCCUUCACGCCACCGACGUAUCGCGGCGCGCUGCUGCAGUAUGUUGUCAGCAUCAAACUCGUAUCGCAGGACGGGCAGCCGCCAUCUGACAGCCUCCUUGCAUCCGUCAUGUCUGAACUGACCAUACUCGUCUCGCUUGGAAGAGGAUCAUCGGUCAGACCGAUCGUCAGACCAGAAGGCGGACAGCCAUUUGAUUAUGCCACUACUAAAAUCAAAGCAAGUCAAGCGCGUAGAGACGCGGAUGAUCCACAUGCUGGAAUGAAGACCUUUAGUGGCGUCAUACCCAUCGACGAGCGCGAAGUCAGCGCCUUCUCGCCCGGCGUCGACAUACACUACAUGCUGACAGCCCAUCUCAAAUGCAGACUAAUCUCUGGUGGAAUGCUCAACAUCAGCAGCCCUAUCCUCUUGCCGAGCGAGCCUUCGCCGUGAUAUCAUGCACAUCAGUCGGCCUGAUCGAUCAGUCUUGCAUUGUGUCUCGCUUCGCAAGCAAAUGUACUUCAUACUUUCUGCAUGCAUGUUGAUGUCACUACAAGAGACACCGUCU